CCUCCCCUGUUUCAGUUUAAAAUCAUUCCCCCUUGUCCUAUCACUAUCCACCCUCAUAAACAGCUGUUCCCCUUCGUGUUUAUAAGCUCUAAUUCUUUGGUCCUUGUCACUCCUCCUGUAUGGGUGAAUCCAGACCAACUGACUCCCAGUACUUUAACCCUUCUCAUCCUAUGCGACACAGGUGAGGCUGUACCUUGAGUGUUGUGUUCAGUUUUGGGCUCCUCGCUACAAGAAAGACAUUGAGGCCCUGGAACACUUAGAGAGAAUGGCAGUGAAACUGUGAGGGGUGUGGAGCACAAGCGUUAUGGGGAGCAGCUGAGGUGAAGGCUCAAGAGAGAUCUCGUGCUUCUCUGUGUCUGAAAAGAUGUAAUGAGGUGGGGAUUGACUUCUUCUCCUAGGUAACUGCUGUAUAACAAGAGGUGAUCGCCUUGUGUUGUGCCAGGGGAGGUUCAGGUUGGGUGUUAGGAAACACUUCUUCUCAGAAAGAGCAGUGCUGCAGUAGCACAGCUGCCCAGGGAGGUGGAGGGCUCACCAAACCUGGAGGUGUUCCAGAUGAGGGUAGAUGUGGCAAUGAGGGAUGUGGUCAGUGGGCAUGGUGGGGUGGGUUAGGUGAGUGGGCUAGAUGGUCUUAGAUGUCUUUUCCAGCCUCAGUGAUUCUAUGAUGAUUCUGCAAUCUUCUCUGUCACCAUCCUUCUGCUCUCUGAGAUUUGAGGAGGUAAAUGUGUACUCAAUUCUGCUUCAGCUGUCCUUGAAAAACAUCCCCAGAGGAAGUACUUGGUAUGAAAGAAGUGUUCCUUUGUGCAUGGCACUGAUCUCCUAAGCAGUUUUUGAUGAGACUGAGCUUUUUGUUGGCUUUAUCUGGUAGGAGCAGAGCUUGUAAUGGAUGCUUUUACAGUGCUUGUUUUUUGUGUCCUCUCUUAGUAACAGUGGUGCAAGGGCUCCUUCUACCAGCACUUGCAGAAUGUGAAGUAAAUCAGUUUCUGAAGGAAGCUGAACAUGCUGAGGGCCCUCUCUAGGGAAUCUGAGGAGAUUGAGGAGGUAAUUGUCUACCUCUGCUCUCUUGAGACCCCACCAACAGUGCUGAGAACCCCAGCAUAAGGAAGAUGUGGACCUGUUGGGGUGGGUUCAUAGAACACCAUGGGGAUGCUCAGGGGGCUGGAACACCUCCCUGUGAGAACAAGCUGAGAGAGCUGGGGUGUUCAGCCUGGAGAAGAGAAGGCUUGAGGUAGACCUCUUUGUUGCCUUUCUGUACCUGGAGGCCUACGGGACAGCUGAGGAGGGACUCUUUUAGUGAAGCACUGGCACAGGUUGCCCACAGAGGUAGUGGAAGUCCCUGCAGACACCCAAGGUCAGGUUGGAUGGGGCUCUGAGCACCUGGUGUCCCUGUUCAGUGCAGAGAGUUGGGCUAGAUAACCUUAAAAGGUCCCUUCAAGCUCAAACAGUUCUAUGAUCCUUUGUCAGAGGAUGCAGUGACAGGGGGUGACAGCCUUAAACUAAAAAGGGAGACUUAGAUUAGACAAUAGGAAGAAAUUCCUCACUAACGAGAGUAGUGUUUGAACAGAUGCUCUUUGUCCUUUAUUUUUUUUAAUAGACUUAAUAUAUAGAUAGAUAUAUAAAUAGAUUUAGUAGUAAUGCACAUGGAGUUCUCUUCCCUCUGCUCGUUGGAAUUCAUCCAUAAAGCACAUUCUUCUGGAAGCUAACUUGCACUCUUUAAAUGCCAGUCUGAGCUGUUCUGUAACACAAAGCCUGUAGGAUGAUUGCUUCCCAGUCACCUCUGCUUCAGCUGUGAGUGCUGGCCAUUCUGCCCCUUUCCUGGCUGCCUGCUGCUGCAGAUAACAGCAGGUAAUAGUUUGGCUUUGCUUGCAAUGAGGCAGCUUGCGGAUUUUGAUCGGAGUGGGGCAGCAAAUACUGCUGUUCUUGUGGUGUGGCAGCACCUGAAGUGGAUGAGGUGAAUGCAGUACAUAGCACGCGCUGCUUGCAGUGAAGGAGCUCAGGCCUGGAAAUGUUAGGUUCUGAUGGAUAGCACUGAACACUGCAGAUCUGAGGCCCUGUGAAGAUACACAGGAGCUUACUGUCUUGGCUGGCAGAGCUUCUACCUCCAGGGCUAAGGGCUUCGAGGUUGAACUCUCCUUUCAUUGUGUUCUUCCAAAGUUGUCACAGAACCAGGAGAGUGCUGUGGUGAGUGCAUGUAGCAGCACUGCUGCUGGGAGCACUGAAGCUGCAGUGAGAGCUUCCCGAGAGCUGGGCUGACAUGCAGGAACCGCUGCUGGAGGGGAUGUGCUUCACUCUGAAGUAUCUAGGCAUGACACUGGUAGAGAAACCCAAAGGGGAGGACAUGGCAGCUGCUGCCAUCCGCCGGAUCGUCGCCACGGCACGGGUGGGAGCUCGCAAGUUCCAGAAGGUGAUUCUGACAGUGUCUCCAAGGGGCAUCUCACUGCAGGACGCCGACACGAAGGAGAUGGUUGAGAACAUCUCCAUCUACAGGAUCUCCUACUGCACAACAGACAAGCUGCAGAACAAAGUCUUUGCUUAUGUUGCUCAGAGCCAGGAGAGCGGGGCGCUGGAGUGCCAUGCCUUCCUGUCACCCAAGAAGAAGAUUGCCCAGGCCGUGACUCUGACGGUGGCCCAGGCCUUCCAAAUGGCACUGGAUCUCUGGGAAGCAGCAAAUGCAGGCUCUAGGCAGGAACAGCCCCUUCACCCUCCAUGUGUCUUGGAGCGCAGUGAGCCCAGCAGAGCAAGUGAGCCAGCUCCCCCGGGGAGCCCUCCCUUCAGACACCAGUUUGGGGAGGAGGAAGAGGAGGAGGAAGAUGAAAACCUUGAUGAAACUUUAUCUGGCAGGUGCUUGCUUGGAGAUGAUGGGUGCUCUGUUCUCUUCCAAAGCUGCAUGGAGGAGCUGGGGAGGGGAGCCCAUGGACCAACAGAGUUGGCACCUCCUGUGCCCAGAACGAGCUCAUCUGCUGCACAGCUGCCGCUGAGCUGGCCCCGCCUGGGGCAGCCCCCAGGCAGCCGGAAGGAGCCAGGAGGAGCUGGAGACCCCCCCACUGCUGGCCCUGGGACUGAUUGCUCCAAGAACCCCCUGAGCUAAGCCACGUCUCUGCAGCAACUGAGCAGCCACUCAGGAUUCACCCUGUGCCUGCACCCGGGCCACUCAGCAGCUGCCCUGCUCCCAGGCACAGGGGAUGUUGGCACCGCUGCUGUGCAGCGCGUGGACUGUAAUGCCCAUUCCUUGUCCUGCUGCCCACCUGCAUGAACUGCCUCAAACUGCAGUUGCUCCCUACUCCCCUUUAAGCCUGAUGGACUGGUGUUCAUUGCUCUGCCUGCUGCUGGUGCAGGUACGUGUAGGUGGUGCACCUAGGGCUGUGCUGAUCUGACUUUGCUCCUUGUAGUGGCAACAGGGAGCAGCUGAGGCCGAGCAGCUCGCUGGGCACAGGGCUUGCUCAGCAAAUUGAAGGUGCAUAUGACCCUUGGGAAGCCAUAGCUCUUGGCCUGGAGGGGCCUCGCCCCAGCAGUUCAGCCCUGCACCCUCCCACGAGUGAAGUGAGCUGUUUUUGAAAGGAAAGCUCUGCAUUUGUAGGGAAAUAAACUGAGGGUUGACUUUGUUUUUA